AUGGAAGGCAAUCGCGAACGACAAGCUGCAGAGCUAACCCUGCUCACAACAAUGUAUCCCUCCGAGUUCUCCUGGCGCACAACCCCACCUCCCGAUCUCGAAGCACCAACGACCAUAGCCACCGACCCCAACUUUAGCUUGACCAUCCACCCCAGCUAUGCACUCGAAUUCUCUCUUCCAGACACUUAUCCCGACACUCAAAAACCUCAUGUGUAUCUAUCUUGUGGUGGUGACGUAGACACCUCGACCCGGAAACGCGCAAGAGCAAAGUUGGCAGAAGUGGUUGACGAACAAGAAGUCGGCAUGGAGAUGCUCGAUCUCAUCGUCACUCUGUUUACCGAACACCUGCCAGAGUUGACUGAAGCCAAGUCACAUGCAGACCAACAUCAAGGCAAGGAGGGUACUGAGCAGCAACACAGUUCAAAAAUCAAGCGAGUGGUUAUAUGGUCACACCAUCUCUUAGCCACCUCGAAGCGAAAAGACAUUCAAGCGUGGUCAAAAGAGUUGUCCUUGAGCGGCUUCAGUCGUCCAGGUCAUCCGGGCAGUAUAUUCGUCGAGGGCGACGAAGACCAAGUGGACGAAUUCAUUCGUCGUCUGAAACAACUACGCUGGCAAGCUUUGCAAGUCAGAGGCGAAGAAACAGCUGACAAGCGCAUCUGCGGUCCUGGUGACGACGCUGACACCGCCGACCUGUUCCUCCAAGCCAUGAAGAUUGCAAAGACAGAUUAG